UGAAAGCAGAGGCAUGACUGACUAAUCCAAUUUGAAGUCCGCCCCCCUGCUCUCCUUUGCAGCCCUCAUGGUGAACACAAUAGGAAAAGUAUCCCACUGACAAUGAAGGGACUAACGUUUUGCCUUUUUGCUAUCGUGAUGCUCGUGUCGGCUCAAGGUGAGGAAGAGGAGCCUCUGGAGCAGAUGAUGAACGCAGAAGGACUUGAGGAAGAGGAGGAGCUUCUGCAGUGCUUUCGUUGCGACCUGGGUUUCUGGGACGCAUGCUACACGACAGAAACCGACUGCAACCCCGGGGAGCGUUGCUUCACCGGUCACGGGAAGGCAGCUGACGUCCUGGAUGUCAAGACGUUGGGCUGCGUGAAAGCAGAGGAGUGCGACGUGGAGACCACCGUGGAGCUCUUCUCCAACAACACCAUCUUUGUCAUGACCAAACGCUGCUGCGACGCCUCCUUCUGCAACGCGGCGUUCAGACUUCGGGCCGACACGCUUUUCUGCAUCACUGUCGCGUUCGUGAUGUCCUGGCACUUUGCAGGGGCCUCCGCACACUGAGAGAAGCCAAUGUUUAUUCACUGUGUGCCGCCAAUAUACGAAAAAAAGGGACUACACCCACAUGGUGAAGGUGACAAUUUACCAGUUGCACAGGCUUGAAAAAAAAACAUCCGACAAGUUUGCAGAACACAAUUUAGCGUACAAUCCAUUCAUAUAACAGGAUAACACAUGAAAGUAUAUUUAACAGCUUGUUUUUAGAUGAAGAAAAGCAUCAGAAUUCUUUGCUAGUAUUCGGAACCUUAUUUGGAACCUGCGUUCCAGCAGCACAGGUCAGUUGUUCGGCAGCUGUCCAGCAGAGGGCAGAACCUCCUCCUUCAUAAAGCUCUGCAAAUCCACGUUUUCGUCUUCCAGAUCCAGGCUCAUAAAUCUAUCCACCACAGUCCUGCACCUGAAUCGGCAGCAGAAACAUACCCCGGCAUGUCCAACACACACGACUAAACAAGAGAGUCACACAAACCUGUUGGCCUGCUCAUCCGAUGACGCGCUGUCAACACGUUUGAUGGGUCUUCCUGUCCUGUAGAGCUCAGACACCUCCACGCCUCUCUGUACGAGAUUGGCAGGCAGGCCGGCUAAUCUGGCCACGUUGGCCGCGUAGCUACACUGGCAGAUGCCUUCCUUCAGUUGGUACAGAAACACCAAAUCAUCCCCGUCCGUUUCCGUCUCGAGAGUCUGAAACACAAGCAGAGUCUUCACGAGUUCCGACAAGCUCUCCGGCACGCUAUUUCGGUCUUCCUGCGCUCACACGCUGCAGGCUGGAGGUUUAAAUAUUGCAGUGAGAGCAUCUGCUAGUACCAGAAGAGACAGCAGGCCGGACGUGGGUAAAAGGCCCAGCUGCAGCAAACUGUGGAAGUUGGUGGCCAGCAGGACAUGAGGAACAUCUGCAGGAGCUUUUCUCAGCCAGUGAGAGAUGGUGGCUGCCAGCAAGGACAAGCCAUCCACCUGUAAGGAGGCACAGGCGAAAUGAAGAGGAACAUUUCUAAUUUAAAAGUUCAAAAAAUCAAACAGCCUUGACGUUGAGCACAAAUGACACGACUCAAAUGCACAGAAGUAGAUCACAGAUAAAAAUGGGCAUUUUAUGUUGUUGACAAAAUCAAUCAUCUUAGCGCUGACAUGUGAUGUCAUCUAUUUAUCUAUGACUUUCUAGGACAGGGGGUGUCCAAAGUGCGGCCUGGCUGUGGCACGUUGUACAGUAAACCUCGGAUAUAUCGGAUUCAAUUGUUCCCACUGGUUUUGUCCGAUAUAAGCGAAAUCCGUUAUAUGCGUAUACCGGUAAAUGUCCGUUUUACGCAUAUAUCGGAUUUAUAUCCGGUAUAUGCGUAAAUCAGAUUUUAUCCGUUCUAAAAAGGCACUUCCUUGACUAUGUUUCCAAUGUACCUGGACGCGCAGGCAACGCUGCAAACGCUGCAAAUGACGUCGUAUAGCGGCCUGUCACCAUUCGGCGAAUCGGAGCGCCACGAUGCGGCCAUCCGAUAUAUGCGAGGGAAAUUUCAUGGAAAUGCAUUGGAACGGGACUGGAGAUUUUGUCCGAAAUAGGCGAAAUCCGUUAUAAAAAAUCCGAUAUAUGCAAUGAAUUUUUAUUGGAAAUGCAUUACAGAAAAAUCGGUUCUUUUUUAUCUGUCCGUUGUGAGCGAAUUUCCGAUAUAUCCGAGUCCGAUAUAUCCGAGGUUUACUGUACAAGUAAAACAGCAAAAAUGGGAACAAUAGAGCAAAAAGUCAAAAAUGCAAAGAAAAAAGAUGAUCUGCUAUUAAUAAUGAAUAACCCAAAGCUUUGAGUUUAAAUAUGCUAUAUGUAAACAUGUUUUAGCCUUUUAAUAAAAUAUAUAUAUCAUAAUUUGACAAUGUUUUAAUCUAAUUAUGGCCAUUCAUCUUAUUAUUACGGCUAUUUUGCAGGAUCUCUGUGUGAAAGGGGCUACAGUUAUGCUUUGUAAGACAACAUAUCCGAUAAAAAAAAUAAAUGUUGUCUCCUAGAUGGUUAGUGCAGCCGUGACUUUGCUGGUAAUAAAGCAUCUCAUCUUUUGUGUUGCCUCUGAGGCAGAAAACAAAACCUGCCUCCUGCUGGUGUUAUUGCAGAUACUUAAAAAGAAUACUAGUGCAGUGAACACGUCAAAUAGAAGCUUAUGAAUAUGUUCACAAUGUGUGAAACUGUAUUUUAUGGAAAUACGAUUAUAAAUAAUUCAUGCUUGAAGAUUUUUUCAGUACCUGCCGUCUCUUUGCAGUAAGGCAUUCAUUACAAGGGAGGACUUUACUUGUGCUAUUACAUUUCUUAUUAUAAUAAAUAUUUAAUAUUUUUCCACUAUAAUGAUUAAUCAUGGCGGAAAAUACAAUUAGCAUAUUUGUAUGCAUGUUUUUUUGACUAACAAUAUGUUGUAGGCCACCAUGAAACAGCGUGAUUUAUUAGUUAAUAUAUAUGGAAAUAACACAAUAAGAGUGACAUGGCUAAAUUCAAAGGGCAAUUAUAUUAUGAAACAUUUCCCACCAAGCGGCUGCAUGACACGCUUUAAAUUGGUAAAUGUUAACUGGGACCGCCUAAUGUUAAUAAGUGUGUGUUUAAUACUCCUUACAGUGUUUGUCCCUUUUCCAAAUUCAUCGAUGAGGACUAAUGAGUUGCCGGUGCCUCUGUUCAGUAUUUGGGACAUCUGGAAAAUGGAGGGAAAAAAGAUAAUUAUAUUGGGUAAACAUGUGUGUUUGUGAAAAUGUCCUGACGAUGGAAAGAGUGAAGUACACCUGGAUGACAAUUAGAAUGACAUUUCAUCUAUUUUAUGUUAUUUUGUAUUUCCACAUCCUGACACAGACGUACAGUAAACCUCGGAUAUAUCGGACUCGGAUAUAUCGG